AUGCAGGAGGGGUAUUAUGAGAUCGACCAGAUACAGGCGAUCCCCCACUAUGCAGGUGUCGCUGCAGAACAACGGGGUCUUAAGCGUGAUCUCCGUCUCCGACACAUGGUCAUGAUCGCCAUCUCGGGUACAAUUGGCACAGGUCUUUUCUUGACCUCUGGCUCGACUAUCGCUACAGCAGGACCUGGAGGCGCCUUACUUGCAUACACUAUCAUUGGUCUUUGGGUUGUCUUUGUUUGCCAAGCUAUUGGUGAGAUCGCCACAUUGCUCCCUCUUCCUGGUGCUUUCAAUGCAUGGGGUGGGCGUGUGUUUGACGAAGCCCUGUCUUUCCAGAUGACAUGGAUGUACUUCAUCAACUGGGCAUUGACAAUCUCAGCAGAGCUGUCCGCCUCUGCUGUCAUUAUUGAAUACUGGUUGCCAGCAGGAUCCAACUUUCCAGUCUGGAUUGUUCCACUCAGCAUCAUUGUGCUCAUGGUCAUCAUUAAUAUGGCUGGUGUUAGAGCAUAUGGAGAGCUCGAGUAUUGGUUUUCGAUCCUCAAGAUCAUCACUAUUGUAAUGUUUGUUGUGUGCGGUAUCCUUGUCGAUGCCGGCGUCCUUGGAGGAGUCAAGUACGGUAUGAAGGCAUGGCAUGUUGUUGGUGCUCCCUUCAAGGGUGGUAUCAUUGGAUUUUUGAGAACGUUAGUUGCUGUCGGCUAUUCAUAUGGUGGCACUGAAAUGAUUGGUGUCACCGCUGCCGAAUCUCGUAAUCCUCAUAAGCAUGUUCCAAAGGCCGUCAACACUGUCUUUUUGCGCAUUGCGAUAUUUUACAUCCUCUCCAUCUUUCUUCUGGGUUCGAUUGUAAUGAACGAUGAUCCAGCGUUGAUGAACGCAGAUUCAUCGGCUGCCAAGGCCCCUUUUACAUUGGUCUUUGCUAAGGCUGGUGUCAGUGCUGCUGCAAACUACAUCAACGCUGUCAUCUUCACCUCGGUUUUCUCAGCCAUCAAUUCUGACUAUUACAUUGCUACGCGCACACUCUUGUCAUUGGCUCGAAAUGGUUGGGCACACAAGUCCAUCGGCUACACGAACGCACGCGGUGUUCCCUUGGUAGCUGUUGGUAUUGUUACCAUCUCUUCUUGCUUGUCCCUUAUCACAAUCUUUGUUGGUUCGGGCGUUGUUUUCAAGUGGUUCGUCUCUAUCAUCGGAUCCCUCCUUUUCCAAUCGUGGAUGCUUAUCCUCUUACUCCACUUCCGUUUCCGUUACUGCUGGAAGAAACAGGACCAUCAAGUAGUCGACCUACCUUAUGUAUCUUGGGGCUAUCCUUAUGGCAACAUUCUGGCCGCUGUCAUUGGUGGAUGCUGUAUUGUUGCCACCUGGUACCUGUCGAUCAUCAACCCACCUCGAAACCCAGGGUCUGGCGCGACGCCAGAAGAAAUGUCGGCUUACUAUACGGCCCGCGAUACAUAUAUACAAGGUUUAUUAGGUGCUUGGUUCCCAUGGGUGAUCUCUGCGAUCCUGUUCUUCUCAUUCAAGUUCAUCCGUGGUACUAAGCUAAUCAAGGCUGAGAACGCAGAUCUAGAUACCGGCCGGUUCAUCCCUUCAGAAUCAGACAAGGAGGAUAUGCGGGCCAAUCGAUCCACAUGGAAGAGGAUUUUACAAUUCGUCGUCUAG